CAUGUCAACAGUGUGGAAAGAGUUUCACUCAAAAAGCAACCCUUAAAAGCCACAUGAGUGUUCACACCAGAGAGAAGCCAUACACAUGCGAACAGUGUGGAAGCAGUUUCACUCAGCAAGGAAGCUUUAACAGGCACAUGAUACUUCACACCGGAGAGAAGCCUUACACCUGCAAACUGUGUGGGAAAAAAUUCACUCAAAAAGUACACCUUAAAGUCCACAUGACAAAUCACACUGAAGGAAACUCUUUCACCUGCCAACCGUGUGGAAAAGGUUUUAACAGAAAAGAAGACCUUGAAGCCCACAUGACAGUUCACACUGAAGGGAGCCCUUUUACCUGCCAACAGUGUGGAAAAAGUUUUAACAAAAAAAGAAACCUUAAUGCACACGUGAAAAUUCACACUGGAGAAAAGCCUUACUUGUGUCCUGAAUGUGGAAUAAGCUUCAACCAAAGAGGAAACCUUAACAGGCAUAUGAAAACUCACACUGGAGAAAACCGUUUUACCUGCAAACAGUGUGGAAAACGUUUUAUUCGAAAAGGAAACCUUAAUUACCACAUGAGAAUUCAUACCGGAGAGAAGCCUUACACAUGCCCUCAAUGUGGAAAGAGUUUUACACAUAAACAGACUUUUAAAGUCCACAUUAGAAUUCACACCGGAGAGAAACCUUACGCCUGCGAACUGUGUGGAAAGAGCUUCACUCAAAAAGGACACCUUAAAAUCCACAUGACAAAUCACACUGAAGGAAGCUCUUUCACCUGCCAUCUGUGUGGAAAAAGUUUUAACAGAAAAACAAACCUUAAUUCCCACAUGAAAAUUCACACUGGAGAAAAGUCUUACACGUGCCUUCAAUGUGGAAGGAGUUUUAUGCAUAAACAAACUCUUAAAAUCCACAUGAGAAUUCACACCGGAGAGAAGCCUUUCACACGCCUUCAGCUUGAGAAGAGUUUCACAUAUCGAGACCUGAAAUGUAAUUUGCAAGCUCAUUCUGGAAAGAAACUGCAGAGUUCUGAAUGUGCUAAGAGAUACACCUGA